AUGGCGGACAAGGUGGUGGAUGCACUACUUGGUUCCACUGUUAAAGUUCUAGUGGAGAAGGCAAUAAACUUGGCUUUCGAGCAAAUUGGCCUAUUUGUUGGCUUCAAGAAAGAUUUGGAGAAACUGAGGGAUACGUUGACUCUGAUCCAGGCUGUCCUUCGUGAUGCAGAGAAAAGGCAGGUGACUGAAGAGCUCAUGAAGGGAUGGCUGGAGAUCCUUGAAGCAGUGGCUUUCAAUGCUGGUAAUCUCUUGGAUGACUUCAACUAUGAGAUGAUCCGGCGCAACGUUGAGAUUCAAAACCAAAUGAAGAGGAAGGUAUGCUUCUUCUUCUCACUCUCCAAUCCCGUUGCAUUUCGUUGCAAAAUGGCCUGCAACAUUCAGAAAAUCAAUAUGGAUUUGAUAAGUAUCAAUGAACAAGCAACGAAACUUGGCCUCCUCCGGUCACAGACUGCACCUGCUCUUUCUCCUCCCAGUGGAGCAGGAUUUAUAAAGAACAAAGAGACUGACUCUGCUGCUGUUGGUGCGAGUUUUGUUGGAAGAGAUAAUGAUGUUUCAGCAAUAGUAACAAAGUUGACUGCCACGAGUAACAAUGAAACUAUCUCCGUUCUUCCAAUAGUGGGGAUGGGCGGGAUCGGGAAGACCAUCGUCGCUCGAAAAGUUUUCAAUAAUCUAAAUAUUGAAAACUAUUUUGACAAGAGAAUGUGGGUAUGCGUAUCAGAUUUUGAAAAACAUUUUGAUGCCAACAGGCUUUUAGCUUUGAUUCUAGAAUCAUUGAAAGUCCCAAUGGCCGAAGUUAGGGAUUCUAGGGAAGCCAAAGUCCAGAAGCUUAAGGAAAUAUUGGAUGGUAAAGAACCAAAUGGUAAAAAGCCGCUUAAGUAUCUAUUGGUCCUCGAUGAUGUAUGGAGUGAGGACCCACACCAUGGGAUGAGUUUCUUGAUUCUUUGCGAGGUAUUAGCUCAACCAAGGGGAGCUGGAUUCUUCUGA